GCAGAGGUGAGCUAAGUUGCUUGGGGGCUCCUCCAUCAGUUCCUUUCAACUUUCAGCCCGACGGAAACAACGAAUUUAUUAGUGUGAUAUUAGGCGUUUCAAAUCCAGUAAUAGGGCCUACUCACGCCGGUCACGCGCCGUCAGCUGUAGCCUGUGGGUGUAUUCAUAAUAAAGUGUGUGCACUCGUCACUGACUCACUGUGGGCCUGCCGCCUGUGCAAAUAUAUCCAUAAACAUAACGCAUUAAUAUUGACGUUUUGUCAAAAAGUGUCAUACAUAUAUAGAAGUGGUACUAAAAGUCUGAAAAGGACAAUCUAUUUCUAGAAAUAAAAUGGCUGGAAAUAACAAGAAAACAUCUAAAAGCUCUAAACCAAAGGGCAUCAAGGGUGGAGGUGAUGGAGGUGCUGAUGCUGCCAUUAAUGCCAUCAAAUCCUUACCUGCUGAGCAGCAAACUGCUGCAUUUGAAUCUAAAUUGGUGGAGAUCAUGUCUCAACAUGAACAACUAAAGAGCUCCUUGAGUGCAGCUGUGUCACGAUAUGAAGCUGCAGAGAAGAGCAACAGUCAGCUUAAUGCUGACUAUACCAAAGCCACGCUCUCCAAAGGACAGCUGGAGUCACUCUGCCGAGAACUGCAGAAGCAGAAUAAACUAAUCAAAGAAGAGAAUUUGGCACGUGUGCGCGAGGAGGAAGAGAAGCGGCGCGAGUUGAGUGCUCGGCUCAACACGACGCUUGCGGACAUCACAGGACUGCUCGAGCAGAACAAGGAGAAGAAUACAGAGCUCAGGCAGGACAACCAGAACAUGGCCAUGCGACUCAAUGAUCUCGUCACUCAGUACAGCGAGAGACAGGAGAACAUCGACAAGAUUCUGCAUCAGCGAGACUUGCAGCUUCAGUUGGCAGAGGCAAAGCUUGCCAAAGCUGCCAUAGAAUCGUCUGAGGAAAGAGAGAUUUUCCUCAGGGACAAGAAGAAAAUGCUAGAGGAGUUGCAAUUGUACCAGGAGAAGUUGACGCGCAUGGCCACCAUAGAGAUAACUUUACGCCAGCAACUGACCAGUUACUCUGAUCAGUAUGCAAAGUUUGAGAAAACUGCUCAGACCUCCAACACGAUCAUCAACAAGUUCAAGAAGGAAAUGGACUUGAUGGGUAAAAAGAUGAAAAAGCUGGAGAAGGAGACGUUGUCUUGGCAGACAAAGUGUGCACAGAGCAACUCUGCUCUUCUAGACGCACUCACUGAGCGUGCUCAGUUCCUCGCGAAGAUCGAGCGUCUCACCAAACAGAACGAAAAACUGCAGCAGCUCGCCAGGGGCCUACAGGCGCAGCUCGUUGAAGAACGCAAGGCCAACAGAAAAGGUGGCGAUGGCUCUGAAGAUAUCGCGGCUGCAGGAACGCUCUCAGAGAAGGUCGAACAAGUGAUCAGCGAAGCGUUCAGUCCCACUGAAGAAACCGGAAAUUCAGCUCCGACCACGGGCUCUGACACCACACCUAACAGCAUCCCUGCUGCCGAUGCGAGUGCUGACCAAGUUACUGACAAUUCUCAGUCAGAUGUCCAUGCUGAUUCGUCCGAGGUCAAGCCGCGACAUUCGCAUUCAUCUGGCGAGUCCGAGUCUGCAGAAUUUGACUCGAGUGCCGCAACCGUGGAGCUGUCAGAAAUAGCUUCUCAGUUGACGGAGGUGAGCUCUCAGUUGGCAGCGCUGACUGGUAAGCGACACACUGUAACUAAUGAUCCAGGAGCUAACUCUGAAGAAACUUGUGCUGAAGUUACCGAAGCUGAACCUGUGGAGGCUGCACUAAGCUCUGGCGUGUCAUCUGCUGUGGGGAUAGAAAAUUGUGGAUCAGUUUCUCCUAGCAAAUCUAAUAGCAGUGUCACGAAUGAAACAAUUGGCGACAACGACCUCAUUGCUACAGGAGGAGCUGUUGCUUCGUGCCAUGUUGUCGGCAAUGAUGAUGCGCGUGUCCUUGAGAACCUCGUUUCAAGUAUUAACCUGGGUCAAGAACCUCCUGUUCAAGUAACUGAGCUCUGAGUUCCUAACAUCUUUUAGUCCACACUCUUGAAGGAUUCAUGCCUAUGUUGCUUCGUGCCUUCUAACACCUUUCACAAUUAAAUGCCAGAAUUUAUAGUCAAUAAGCCCACUGCUUGUGUGGUAAUUAUUAUGAAGCUGGUGGCUUGUUCAUAUUACUGACACUGACUUUCUAUUUUUAUUUAUGCUCGAGAUUGUUAAAACAAGCGAUCGACUCAAGCAGCUAUCUUUUGGAAGUAAAAGGUUUUAGGAGUAAAAUUUUAGUGUCGUACUCAAGUUUUGAUCAACGCUUCUUCAGUAAUCCGCAUCUCCGAGAGCUAUUACAAUCUUGGUUGCUACCGUAUUGGCAUUACCUAGGAUUGAAAUUUCAUUCAUGCUGUAGUAACAUGAGUAAAUAUUCUCAUCAGGAAGCUCGCAUGUGAAAACUUUAAUACUUGUAGCUCCCAGAUAUGCCUGAUUAAUGUUAUAGUACGUUUAUUAACUGCAGAAUUUGAAUUCAUUUUGAGAAUUGAAGUCAGUUUUAUGUAGAUUAGUAGUUUUUGUUUAGAAAUGUAUAAAUAAUUACCGAAUGAGAUUAAACUUUAAUUUGAAUAAUUUACGCAGAUGGAAGUAGUGUAAAAGUUAUCAAAACGCGUUUUAAACAAUCAAUUAAAAUCACAUAAUUUACGACUUGGUCAUUAGGAAUAAAAUAUUGACAUCCGAGUUGAAGUGAGCAAAUUUUACGUAUAAUAUGUGUUCAUUACUUUCUUCUGUGUUUCUUGUGUUUUUAAGCGUCUCGUAAUUUGGUGGUACUGAGCUCGUUUGUCAAACGUGAAUUUGACGAUGGUGAUGACGAGAAACUUCAUGACUCAAGCGUGCAUUUCUGUUGGGCAUGGCUCAUCAUGGCAUGCAUCAGCCUUUUCUAUCGGUUUCGAAACUUAAGGAAUUGAAGAAAGAUUCAAUACCACAAUUUUUAUUGUUACAAUUUCAAUGUUGUGUUACAUAUAUUGUUAAAAUUAUCCCCACCAAAAUCUUUCGGCACUAAUGGGUGUGGACAAGAAGUAUGUUUGUACGGAGCUGUUAACGUGUACCGGCAUACCUGAUCUGCGAUUCUUCUCAUCCUACAGUGGACGAUUUAACGAAUUUUAAUGCUUCCACGUAGGUAGUUCAAAUCUUUUCCUAUAUUAGUGUUCCCGCGUCCGUCCACCGUUGCAUCUCCUCAAAUAUUGCUGUAUAUUCAGGCGAAACGAUCAAUCUUUCCCUUGAUGUUGCUGUGGUCGUAUAUGUGUUGGCACAACACAUUAGCACAUUUUCAUUAUUAUCAGUCUCAUCUUGUGAGACGAAAGGUUUUUAACUUUCACAUUCUUCAUCUUGGUUUGUUGCCCACUAUACUUUAACUUUUUGGUGUCGCAUCGUUGACUGACCCUCCAAAAGAAAGAGCUGCAUCACUUGGGCAUGGCGGUCAGCCUCUACAUCCAAAAUUAUUACAUGUGUGAAUCCAGACCUUUACAUCCAAAGUUACAUCACAUUCUGGGAUCUUGAUGUCGAUAUAAGGUUUUAAUGCCCAUGAUUGUUCAUGUUUGAAUGGCUAUAUUUUGAAAUUUAUUCAAAAACCAAGCUAGAGCUAUCAAUUUUUCAUAAGAUCUCUUAAUUCUGAUGUAGCUAAUAAUAAUUAAUGUAUUUUAGAACGUAAUUAUUAUGUAAUUGCACCGUCAAUUUUGUGUAAAUCUAAGGACCGUUAUUAUUGCCUCCGAGUUUGUUGGCUCUUAAAUCUUGGUCGAGGAAGAUUGUCAUCUAUAGAUUGUUAUGCAAACCACGUUUGUGUAAUUUUGGUUUUAGUAGAACAGUCACCUUGAUUACUCCCAUAUAAACCUCCAUUGACAGUCCUGCACGACUGCUGCUAGGGUUGCAAGGAUUAUUUGCCCGUAUUCUUGUUAGGAGUUGUUUCGUUGAUUUACCGAAGUCCAAACUUCGUUCAUUUGUCAAUAUUUCUCGGCAAGGUGAUAGGCUGCUUUUGGAUCGUUUUAAUUAUUUGUGCAUUAAUUAUCAUCUUUUUCAAAGUGUAUUAAUCAAUGUAAUUUAUUUUACGAUUGAUAAAGAAUUUUGCCCUUCAUUGUGGAACGUGCUUCUACUUUUAUAACGCACAAAUUUCGAUCCUUGUCAGACUCUGAACAUCCAAAGCUUGUAGUUGAAUUCUUAUCUCUUGCUACUCCUGCAAUAGUUGCCCUCCUACCCAGCGAUUUUAUUUCUUGCAGUUCCUGCCAUCGCUUCUUAAUAUCCGUGUUAUUUUAUGGGUGUUUAAAAGGCAAAUUUUUUGUAGCAGGUGUUUUUCAACAACUCUCGUUGAAGGAAAAUUAUUUUUGCUGCUGAGAUUCUCAAUUCGAAUUUUCGUUAACGUACAUAAUAUUUCAUAUCAUAUUCGAAUCUUCGUUAGUUACUCUUUUCUUCAUGGAGAAGUGGGUAUUGAUAGACGUAGAACGAAAUCUAUGGUAAGUAUUUCCCAAAUCUUAGACAGCCCCUCUUGACCACUCGUUUGCUGGAUGUAGACAUGGUCUGGCAGGAAGUUUUGUCUCUUCAUUUCACACUAAACGUGUUAUUGAUAAUUGUUUACAAUUUUAUGAGUUUCGCUUUAAUCUCUGGCACGAUGUAGUGUAAUACUUUUUACAUAUUUUUACCAGGUUUUGGGCCUUGGGCCUUUAAAAUUGUGUAAUAUUUCACCCUUGCAACAGAUAAACCUCAGUGUGCAGACUUCUAACUUCCCUGUGUGAGUGUUCACUAACAAAUUGAUUGUGUUUAGUAGUGCUCAUUAUUCACAUGUUUAGCACACCACGCCCGAGGAAGUCACUGGCGGAUGAAUGCUUCAAAUGAUCAUGCUUCUCUUCUCUUACUCAGUACGCAACACAGAAGAUCCUGGUUUAGCCAACACUGUGAUUGCACCGUUCGAAUUAGCAAUUUGCCGAUAUGCAAGUCAUUGUCCCACUCGUAAUUUGGUUUUAGCUGAUAGAUGCACGGUCUUGCACUUAUUUAAUAUCAAGUAUUUUGUAUAGUUUUUCACAAUCAGGAGCACGUAGUCCAAAACUAAUGCAUAAAUUUUGCCACUGUGUUAACUAUAAGAUUUUAAAUGUUUUUACAAUUGUCUCACCACGUUUAAUUAUAUGCGUAUAAAUGGUGCAGUCACAAGUUCUGAUCUCUUUGGCCAGCUCGUUUUUGCUCUAGUCUCGGAAAAAUUAUUUUCUCUUAUGCAAAUUAUGCGCUGGCCAUAGAAUCUUAAUUUUUCAUUCACAGAAAUAUGUACGAAAAAAAUCUUUGGGCCUGAAUUGACACAAAACUUUGUGAAGGGAAUCGCUGGCAUUCUUUUGAGAUAACUUUCUUUUAUUGACGUAAUGUACUGAUUUUUUUAACAGAGGCUCCCCGGUCAGUAGACGUUGUAAUAACGAGUACGAUUAAGUAAUAAGGCUGUCCCUUGGCAACUGUUGGCAGUUUACGGUUGUCGUGGCAAGAUGCUUGUUAAUAAAUGAAAUAAUGCA